GCGGGGUAAGCUAAUGAUAGAAGUCAAACUCCCGAGGCUCAGCAGGCAACGACUGCGACCUUCGUGACACUGAGGCGUCCCCCGACUACAAAAGUGCCGUCUCAAGGGUCGUGUCGUGGUGGCAACUGUGGUCACGCUUGCGAGGUUCACACGGCCUCUCAUCAAGACGUUGCGCUGUGUUGCUUUGAUUCCAUCCCUCAUCGCCUCCCCUCCGGGUCCUGGUCCCCAGACUAGCCGCCAUGACUGACAAGUCAGGGCCGCAGAGCGCGGCGCCUCCGAGCGAAACAACGUUCCGCUCCUUCAGCCGCGAGCAGGGCGAAAACUACGCCCAACACCGUCGCAACUACCACCCGCGACUGUACCAGAUGCUUCUGGACUACCACAAGUCCAACGGCGGCCAGCUGGACACGCUGCUCGACGUGGGCUGCGGGCCGGGCACCGCCGUGCGCACGCUGGCGCCGCAGUUCGCCCACGCCAUCGGCCUCGACCCGUCCGAGGGCAUGCUCGCCGUCGCCCGCUCGCUGGGCGGCGCGACGGCCACCUCGGAGCCCAUCCGCUUCGAGGCAUCGACGAUCGAGGACGCCAGCACGACGGGCCUCUCGCCGCCGCUGGCCGACGGCAGCGUCGAUCUAAUCAUUUCCGCCACGGCGGCGCACUGGUUCGACAUGGCCGUCUUCUGGCGGCACGCGGCCCGCCUGCUCAAGCCCGGCGGCACCGUCGCGCUGUGGUGCAGCGGCGGCAUCGUGGUCGACCCGGCCAUGGCCAACGGCCCGGCCAUCCAGGCCGCCAUCGACGGCUUCGAGCUCGCGCUCGACGACUACAUCUUGCCGGGCAACCGCCUCGCGCGCACCCUGUACGCCGGCCUGCAGCUGCCCUGGACGCUGGACAAUCCCGUGCCGGAGUUUGAUCGCGACAGCUUCGUGCGGCGGGAGUGGGGCACCGCGGCCGGGGCCGAGCCCAUCGACGAGUUCUACGCGGGCAUGGACAAGCCGGCGCCGGCCGGCGUGCUGGCCAUGGUCCUGGCCACGACGAGCCCGUAUGUGCGGUGGCGCGAGGCGCAUCCCGCCGAGGUGGACACGGACAGCGACCCGCUGCAGGUCAUGAAAAAGAAAAUCAAUGCCUUGGUUGAAGGGCAGGGUGCGGACGGAGGACCUCUGCUGGUGAGGGGAGGCGUGGCAGCCGUCCUGCUGAUGGUGAAGAAGAAGUCCGAGUAAGAGAGACAGGCCUUUGGCUCGGUGAUAUUUGUCGAGUUGCGGCCAAUUUUGCCCCCCUUUGCCCUUGUUACGGUUAAGUUGAAGCAAUAAAUGAAGAGUUUAUAGCCAGUGCACCGUGCUUGCUGUUGAUAGGAUAUGCCAACUGCAUCCUUUUUAGCCAGCUCCUGGUGUCUAGUAGGCUUCGCUCGUCCCACCAAUCUGGACCCCGGGGCUGAACGCCUUGGAAACAACACCAGGACAUAUGAGUACA